ACUACAGCACAUCACCAACCAUUGUGUCCAUGUUACCACCCAUCUAACCCUAUAGAUAUCAUCCAAUCUUUUGUAGGGAUGGCAAAAUUAACCAUACACGUGGAUAUCAGACCAAAUCCGACCUAAUUGGAUAGGUGUUAAACCCGAACCCGAAUGAUUUUUAAUGGGCAUGGGUAUAAGUCUAGGGCUGGAAGUUUGGUACCGAUAUUUGGGAUAUACCGAAUACCGUAUCGAAUUUGUCUAUAUUAUGUAUUACCGAAAUACACGUAUUAUUUCUUGGGAUUGGGAUUGGGAUUGAAUUUCAAUUGUUAUUUGGUAUUAGGGAUUACUGGAUUGGGAUCAGUAUAUACCGAAAUACCAAAAUAUAAGCUAGUGUGUAUUUUAUCCUCUCAACUAGACUUUCUCAUUCACUACUACAUGACCCUAACUCACCAAGAGUGUCAUUUAAUUAUACAUAGAUCAUUCUAUCACUAUUAAUAGUCGUCUCUCAACCUCCAAUUCGUCAAAUUAACGAUUACCAAUUUCAAGAACUUGAGAUGUCUCCUCUCCUCCAUUCUCCUUAAUAAUAUCCUAAUUCAAGACACUUUGCUUAGUCUUUUCUCCCUAAAUUAAACAAUAAAAUCUAAUUUAUAUAUUUAAUUAUUAAAUGCAAAGGUAAUUAAUUUUAUAUUCGAUAAUACCGAUUGGGAUACCGAAGUACUGAUUGGGAUACCAAAAUAUUUAGGGGUUGGAAUUGGGAUACCGAAAUUAUUUAGAGAUUGAGAUUGGGAUUGACUUUAGGGUGUAAUUUGGUAUUCGGGAUUUCGCUAUUUGGUAUUGGGAUACUGAUACCGUACCGAUUUCCACCCCUAGGUAGAAUCUAAAUCCGGUUAUUCCUGGUGAUUAGUGUGCAUGGCUUUAUCACUAUCCAAUCCGAACCCACCCGAUUGUACACAUUCAUAUGUAUUUUGUUUAAAAUUAUCAUUAUUUUUCUUACCAUAUUUGAUAUUUAUAUACAUAUAUAAUAUUUUGUUGCAAUUGUAUUGUUGUUAACUAAUUAUCUUCAUUCUAGUAAUUUAUUGUAGUGCUUUUCACUUAUGUAAUAUUAUACAUGUAAUUGUUAACAUGUUUGUUGAAGUAAUAAAAAAAUAUUAUUCAGGGAUAACUAUGGAUACCCAAAACUCAAUAAGAUAUGUUAGUAUUUGAUAUCUACUCGAUUUCUUAUAUGGAUAUGGGCAUGAAUAAAACCCAAACUAUUUUAGAUAGGAUAAUGAAUAUGUAUUAUCCGCCCUAACCUAAUCCGUUAUCAUCUCUAUCCUUAAGUGGAUGAUAUCAUGGUAACUGUCCAAUCCUUAGAUUGAUGGUACCAUCCAGUCGCUAGGUUGAUGCAUCAAGAUUCUCUUUGGUUAACAUCUAACUGUAUGUGGAUAAUGCCAUCCAAUCUCAACAUGGAUAUCAUCCCAAAUACUAGAUGGAUGGUGGCACCUCAUAGCAUGGAUAUCAUCCAUAGCCUAAUUGAAUGUUAUCAUCCAUAGCCUAAUUGAAUGUUAUCAUCCAAUCUCAUAAUUGUCAUUCACUUUGACAUGAUAACAUGGUGGAUGAUUACAAUGACACAGUAACAUGUCAAGAAACAUCUUCAAAUAACAAUCGAAUCGUAAGCAAUAAUGUUGAAUGACGACUAUCCCGAGUACGUGACGCAUGGUUACAAUGACAACCAACUCAAACUACGUUUUAGAAGGUGAGUGAGGAAGUGUUGUGCGUAACUCUUCGUACAAAAGUUUGAAGCAAAUUAGUGGGAAGGGGACACAACUUGCCUCACAUAUUUCUUCAUCUUUUUCCUCUAUAAGAGUUCUCCUUCCAUAACCAAAAAAAAAAAAAUUCUCCAUAGAAUUAGUAUAACAUAACAUAGAUUUUUCAUAUAUCAAACAAUUUUGUUCGAAUAUUGUUCGUAGUGAUAGUAAUGAGGCAGGACGGGUACCUCAAUAUUCAUGUCCCGCUCCACGCUACUACUAGUCGGGAGAGGGUAAAACUCGCGCGGGUACGGGACGGGUCGGCCCACUCUUAUUUGAAAUGUAUGCACGCAAAUUUUACUUUUUACGACAAAACAAAAGGGAAAACACAUUAUGAAUGUAAUAUAAUUAAAAUAGAAUGAGUAAUUGAGUUUAACAAGUUGAAGGAUCGACUCUAAAUAGUUGAAUAAAAGUAAAAAUAGAAGAAAUAUAUAUAGAUACGAUAAAAAAUUGAGAUAAAAUGAGUCAACAACGAAACGGGACAGAGCAGGUCGAAAGUAUAUAUCCAUGUCCCAACCCACACUACUGCGGGUCGGGUAAUACCCGCCCAUCGCAGAUCAAGUCGGAUAAUAUCCGCGAGGUGGAUUCAAAUUGCCAUCACUGGUUUGAAAUCGUUUUCAAUAAAAUAUUGUUUGAAGAGGCGUUAAACGUAGAAACAACCCUUCUGAUAGCACAUACACACAUUUUCCCCAUCAAAGUGACCAUAUAUAGUAUAUAAAUUGCCGAAGUGAUAAUGGAACUAAUUGAUUGACGAGGGGGUUGAAAACGCCUGUCCAAUAAAAUGUGUACGUUGUUGAACACUUGUUGGCCAUGAAUUGGGUUCUCAUCCCUGUCCAUAUGCAUGCAGGUGGAUAUUUUCCCCAUCUUCCAAAUUUCAUCUUUUUGAAAGACACCAUCGAGCUUUCGGCAGGCUUUUGUGUCUCUUAUCCCAUUAUGAUCAUCUGGGAUUCUUUCCUGACAAACGAAUAUAAGUAAAGUUGAGGCAGAAUUGGAUAAACCCAAACCCUUUCUCCAACUCAGAAGAUGCUCAUAAUAGAUAGAACAGAGCCUCCAUGAUGUUGAAAGAACCUACAGGUGGAGACGCAGCACAGAUCACAAUGUUUCCCCUUUCCACACUUUCUUUGAUCAUAAGAUAGCAUUGAACUGUGCAUGAAAGAAAAAUGUUUACCAGCAAACUUCUGCUCCCAGUCCAACGUCGAGUAGGACUUCUACACUGCUCUCCGCUCAACUGAGAACUAUGCUCACAAUUCGCAGGAAGCUGGCCUGGUGCAGGAUUAAUGCUCUUCUCCUGAAAAAAGAGUCCCUUAGUUGCAUGAUACAAAAACUUAAUCCUGGAAGUCAGAUGCGAAAUAGUGUGAGGUAUAUAACCUAUCCACCAUUCAGGACCAGAUAUCUGAUUCCUGUCUUACAAGUAGCUAUCUCUCGCUAUCAAUUAGCAUGAUAAAAAUAAGGGAAUCUUAUGCAGAACCUUUUCCAAUCAUUAUUGUAAUGUAAGAAUGUUAAACUGCACCACCAUAUCAUAAGACAACAAACACCCUUUCGAAAUAGCUAGUAUAAAUAGGUCUCCAUGGAAUUCACAAUUCAACACUUCCACAUCGAACCAAAGCCCUUCUCCAACACAUUAAUUCUCUCUAAUCGCCUUUCCUCGCGUUCAUUCAGAGCACUUCCUGAACUAUAACUUCAUCGAUCAUUUCAAGAAGGCAAUGGAAAUGGUGGACAGGUUAGUGAAAGACAAACCACUGGUAAUCUUCACUAAGAGCUCUUGCUGCAUGAGCCAUUCCAUCACUACACUCGUCUCCGGGUUUGGAACGAACCCACAAAUCUACGAGCUGGAUCAAAUCCCCAAUGGUUCCCAGAUCGAGGGGGCACUGGUCCAGCUAGGUUGCCGACCCAGUGUGCCAGCUGUCUUCAUCGGUCAAAAGUUGAUCGGCAGUGAGAAGCAGGUGAUGAACCUCCACCUCCAGAACCGACUUGUUCCAAUGCUCAUGGAAGCUGGUGCCAUGUGGCUUUGAAGUAGAUUCUUAAAUUCUGGGGAAAAAGAAUUUAAAUCAUAAUUCUGUCUCGUGAGUUCAACAAAAGCGUUAAAUAAGCAAAGGGAUGAUAAAGAGCCUGGGUUUAGUUCCAUACCGAGGCUCUGCUCUUUGAACUGUCUUUUUUCAGGAUGGCAGGACUGUGAUCUUCUCUGUUCAAUAAACACACUGUGAUAUUUUCUACUGUAACAGAUAAAAUAUCAAAUAAAGAAGAUAUCUGGCUGCAGAUAAUGGAAGAGCUACUUUGUAACCGAUCGUCAGAAGGCAAGCCAGCUAGAAUAUCUAUAUGGGUUCAAUGAUAUCCACAAAUCAGCCUACAUUCUAAGAUAAUUACCGCUACUAUCCUGAUGAAGAAUAAAACUAAAGCACAGAAAUGCAACUUUUGACGGGUAAUUGAAUUAAAGCUAACGGGACACUGAUCAAGCUGUGAAGCAAAGAAUGAAGAAUGAUUGAUGAUGAUAAUGAAACUUUCUAAUCCAUAUAUAUAUAUUCCUUGAUGGAAGAGGGAUCAGUUGGCAAAGGCAAGCAACCACAUCAAAUGAACGUGUCACUUGCACAACCAUUUUCGGGUGUUAACAACAAGCACAAACCAAAAGAAAAAAGAUAAACACUCCAGCAUAAAAGCAAUGAGAACAAAGUAAAGACUACAUCUUAUCUUGCUUGGGUGUAUGUACAGAUAUCACAUAUCCCAGAUGCAAUCAUCCACCUGCAAAAUUAUGUGAUAAGAAAUUCCCAAUGUCUGU